AUGAAGCACGAUUGCACAAAUGCUACAAUGAUCGAAGAGCAGUUCAGUGAUGACUUUGCGACAAUGAUAGUGAAAGAUGCCAGGUUCAUCAUUGAGGUCAUGUUGAGGUAUCAUUUCCCUAAACUGAGGCUUGACAAUGAUAUCAUGUUAACCGAACCCCGUUUGUCACAGUUACGACGUGACAUGGGGUUGCUUGAAAAUCAACUGCCAUUCUUCAUUCUUGAAAAGCUUUUUGACCCGGAGAGUAUCACCGGUCUCUCUCCUUCGGAUAGAGCUGGACUUUCGGUGAUAAAACUUUCUUACAAUUUCUUUAAACCUCUAAUGCACGUCGAUAAGGGAACAGAAGGCGACUUGGAGGACAUAAUCUGUUCAUCUAGACCACAUCAUUUUGUUGAUCUGUUAAGAAGUUUCUACGUACGAAACCACUACAUGAAAGCAGAAGCUAAAGGAAAACUGAGGACUGUGCCAAGCGUAAAAGAGCUUCAACAAGGUGAUGUCAAGUUUGAGGUACUAAAUUCGAGUAACAACCUAUUCGACAUAAAAUUCCUUGCUGACACUAAGAUUCUGAAAAUUCCAAAAGUCAUAAUAAGUCAUGAAACUGAGCUCACUAUCAGGAACGUUCUAGCCUUUGAGCAAUGCCAUCGCACUUUGGCCGAGAAUUACAUGACUGAUUAUGUUAUGUUCAUGGAUCGUCUCAUGAGCACCGAAGAAGAUGUGAGGUUGCUUGCUGAGAAAAAAAUUGUCAAAAUUCUAAUCCCUAAGGACCGAUCAGGUACCAUCAGCUCGAAGACCUCAGCUAAGGAGCUGAUCAAGAACCUUACUGAAGGGGUUAUAGUAGACCCAAAUAGCUUUUAUUUCGCCGAGCUUUGCCAAAAUGUGGACAAGUACUGCAGAUCGCCCAAGGUAGUUCAGAAAACCAUUGCUGUUAUUUGUUUACUUCUAAGCGUUACUGCAAACAUAUUGCAGGCUAUAAUUUGCCAAAAGAACAGUUGCUAG